CAAUGAACACAAAUAUUUGGGGAAAAACUUAAAACAAAGUGUAAAAUCACUAUUUACAACAGUGAACAACCGUAAGACAGAGGAUGUCAACAAAUUAUCGAGGCCUGAUCCAGUGCUGCACAGAGGCACUGGACGCAUUUGAUCCAGACACAAUGGCUGUAGAUCAUCACAUCCAGACAUAUAUUGCUAAUCUUGCAGAUUUAAGUGAUAAGACCUUUAUCACUGAAGUGUUCUCUGGAUGUGUUAGAUACAGUGACAUCUUAAGAGUGGUGAUGAAUGGCUUCUUUAAUAGAAAUGGCAAGAAGGUUCUUCGCUCACAAUCAAACUUUUAUAAUGUGUAUGCCUACUUAGCUUUGUUCAGGCUGGAAGAGCUUGGAAUGGCUCAUUUCAGGAAGUUUGUGCAGGGGCAAGAUGUGAACAAAAUGCACAGGUUUCUGACGUUCCUAUUCAACGAGAAAAACCUUGUAACCUGGAUGAAGGAUGAAUGGACCAAGUCGUAUGAUCCAGUGUUUGUCCAGUGUACGUUGCUCUCUCCAAUAAUCCAAUGUCUCCCUGAAGCUGCGGAGCUGAUCCAACAUCUUGAGGACAGAAUCAACAAUAAGGUCAAACCAAAGAAACCUACUAUUGCUACGACCGAAUCUAAACCAUUCAACCUGACACAGCCAAAACCAAGGGGUGUUCCUGUGCCAGAACCGAUUCCAACCCUGAAACCACACAACCCCGUCCCAGAAACAUUGUAUUUGCCACCAAAAGAGCAAGAAGUCUUGACGAAGCAGAGAGAAAUCAAUAGGAGAAAAGCUGAGGAUCGUUUGAUGUCUGCAUCAAAGGACCAGUUUGCCUGUGCCAACCCGGGGAAGUCAGAUAAAACUAUGGAGAGAAUUCAAAGAAUCAUGCAGGAAGAGGAGGAUAAACUCGACUUUAAUCGCCCCAAAGCAAAUGAUGUGCCAUUAAAUUUUGGUACAGGUGUGCCAAUUAAGUUGAACACAGCAGCCAUUUUACGUGAAGGCCGGCUUUAUCAGAAGAAAGAGGAAGAUGAAAUUAGAAAGCUGGAAAGAUUAGAAGCGGGAGCACGCGAUCCUUCAAACUUCUUGAAGUGGCAGUCCGGUAUGCGCCAGAAGGAUCUUGAUGAGCAGUUAGCAGAGAUUGAGCGACGUCGGCUUGAAGGGAAACUCAGCCAUGAAGAGGCGAUCCUGGCGAGACAGAACCUGAUUAAGGAGAAUAAACAAAAGGUUCUGGAGAUGAAGGAGGAGACGAAGCAAAUGUUCCAAGAGUUUCUGGAGCAGAAGUUUGCUGAGGAGCAGGAAAUGAGACAGCUCGUCGAAGAUGUGAUGGAGGGACAUCAGAAUGCUAAAGAGGCGAAGAAAAAACUCCAGGAGUAUAAGUCUAAAAUAGUGCAAGAGGUCCAGGAGGAGAGCAAAGAGUUGAUGAAACAGGCUUUAGAGGAGGCUGAAGCUGAGAUGAGGAAGAAGAUGGAGCUCAUCCAUGAGAUACGUGCAAUGGAAGCGGUCCCUGUCAUCAGGAUGAAACUAGUUGACCUCACAGAAACAGCUGGCUAUGGACUGCUCAGUGAAAUGUCUAUUGCAGAGCUUCGUGAGAGGUUAUCAAUACUCAAGGUAAACACUGAGACAAUGGAGGAAGAAAAGCGUGACGACAUUUUGGCAGAGAAAGAAGCAAAGGACCAGAAGUUGAUGGACACAUUAGAGACCAUCUCCAGGCAUAGAACAGAAAAGAGUAAAGCAGCUGCGAAAAAACUAGAAGACCACAAAAAGAACCGUAAUGCAAAGCCAGAGAUAAAGGAUCCAAAGUUAAUAGAGUUACAGCGUAAACUGGAUGAGAAGAAAGCAGAAAGAUUACGGGAGCAGGAAUUAGCCAAGAUUAAGAUUAGCAAAAAGUCAGCAGAUAGGACAGCACAGUUAAUUGAUGACAAGAAAUCUCGUGAAGAGGGCCGAUGGCAUGAGUUGGAGCGAAAUAAAGAAAGAAGUGCAAAGUUACAAUCAAAAGGGAUAGUAGCAAACAAAUCGUCCAGUCGUGUGGCACUGCUGACUUAAUGUGGCCGAAUCAAGCAGUUGGAAUAUUUGCUGUGAUAAAAAGGACUUUUUAUGAUACUGCUGUGGAAUAAAUGAUGUCAUCUGUUAAUACAUAUCGUAUGGAAAUCAGUUUGUCUUUAUAUUCCUCUUGUUUAACCACUGCUCCUGAAAAAAAUUACUUGUGUCUCGAUGUUAAUGCCAUGCCUAUUUGAAGGGAUUCAUAUCAGUGGUUUGCUGUUCCCAAAUUCAGCUCCUUUUCUUAUGCACUAUGAUCUUUACAUGUGGCAAUACCUGACUGUUUACAUUCUAAUUUUACGAGAUUCGUAGGCCUACAUGCUGAAUGUAUGGCCCCUGCAAAUAUUUUACAGCAUGUGUGAUAUUUCACUGUACCUGUGAUACUUGUCAUCUAUUGUUUUACCAAUCCGUCCUUGCAUGCAUGAAUGCAAAAUGAACUUAUUGUUUUCACUGAAAGUUUCUUUCACAUCUUAAGUCUGUCCUGAUGUACCAAAUCACUUUGACCACAUUUUGCAGUAAUUUUGAUAUCUGUAUGUAUUGUGUAUUAUUUAUGUACAGUACUUGAAUGUGAAUAUAAUAAUUACAUUA